AAUAUAAAAUAAAAUAAAUAAAAUGGGAAAAUAUAAAAUAUUAUUCUUAAAAAUUCAUGUUAAUCAUUUACCCGAUCAGCCAAAACCCUCCUCUUCCGUUGUUCGCUGCUUCUUCUUCUUCGACUCCGAAUAUGACGAUUAACAAGAGUUGGAUGAGUGUGAAGGAUAGAUCAUCUGAUGAGUAUGUAGGAGGUGUAAAGGCAUUUGUUGAAAGAGCUAAGGUUUACACUAAUGAGAGUGGUCAAAUUAGAUGUCCGUGUGCGGUUUGCUUGAAUCGAAAUCUCCACGAUUUAAGCACGGUUGAGCAUCAUUUGAUAGAGAAAGGUAUUCAGCAUACUUAUACUAUUUGGGCUUAUCAUGGGGAAUCUUACCCGCCUCGAGAAUAUGACAGUGAAGAAGAAGAAGAUGAAGAAGAAGAAAGGGGCAGUAGUAACAGGGAUGCAUUGGCUGAUUUGGUCGGAGAAGAUUAUAAUAAUCUUACUUUUUCAGAUAAAUUGAUGCAUAUGAAGGCUGUUAAUCAAUUGAGUAAUGAGUCAUUUGAUUCUCUUCUUAAAUUGCUGAAAGAUGCUUUUCCUCAAGGCACUGUUUUGCCAGAACCUCUAUGUGAAACAGAGACAAAUGCUCAGAAUUUGCAGAAGAAGAGGAAGAACAACAACAACAAGAAUUUGCCAAAGAAGAAGCAAGAACCAUGAGGAAUCGUAUUUGUCAACCUUUUCUUAUUUCACUGUCUAUAUCUUUUAUGCUACAUAGUAUUGUAUGAAUGUUAUGACAUCAUUUGAAUAUGUUUAUUUGUGUGGAUGUUAAAUAUCUUUGUUAGUGUUUUGCUAUGUGUUUUUAGACUUUUUGUUUGAAAUUUGAAUUUUUAGUAUUAAACUUUUUGAUGGAAAACUUGGUAACAAAACAUAGUAAUAUUAAGGGAUCCCACAACAUUUCAAAUAAUUUUCUAGGAUUGUCUUGUUUUAAUCUUUUUUGUUCUUUUAUUUAAGGGAAUUUCAAGGGGUUUAUUUUUUUGGCCAUGAAGGAAAUUUCAAGGUUAUCAACUUAGCAACACACUAUAGUUGGUUGGUAGUUGGGAUAUGUAAGCAAUUUUGUUUGGUUUAAUAUUUAUAUAUUUUUACCAAAAAGCUUGGUUUGGUUAUCUUCUAUGAGAUGAUGAGGUGUGUAAUAGAGUGUAUUUAAUCUCACCAAUUCCUAUUGUUACUAUUUGUAGCAAUAACUUCGCCUAAGGGAUGAUUAGGUUAGAAGCACAAAAGAAAUGAGACAAUUUUUUAUACUAACCUAUCCACCAACAUACAAAGAUUAUUAACAAAAUCUCAACUACUUUUCUAAUACAAAAGAUUAAUGCUCACUAAACACAUAUUAAUCACUUACUUCUUUAAUAUAUUAUAAAAACAAUCCAAGCUUUAGCAUUCUCUUCAACCCAAAGUGGCUUCCUUUCCCAUAUUAUAUUUUCCAUUGAAAAAAAUGGACAAUUUUUUAUUAGAUUGUUCUUCUCAAAAUGGAUAUACAUUAAUAUUAAUGCUAGGCUGCACUGUCUUAUCAUGGAUUCUCAUCCACAGAUGGAGCCAGAGGAAUAAGAAAGGUCCUAAAACAUGGCCCUUAGUGGGAGCUGCAAUUGAACAGUUGAUUAACUAUGACAAAAUGCAUGAUUGGCUCGUUCAAUAUUUCUCUGAAUUGAAGACUGUUGUGGUACCAAUGCCUUUCACUACUUAUACUUACAUUGCAGACCCUGCUAAUGUGGAGCAUAUUCUCAAGACCAACUUUGCUAAUUACCCCAAGGGUGAGACUUACAGGUCUUACAUGGAAGUACUACUUGGAGAAGGGAUUUUUAAUGUGGACGGCGAGUUGUGGAGGAGACAAAGAAAGACUGCGAGUUUCGAAUUUGCAUCCAAGAAUUUGAGGGACUUUAGUACUAUAGUGUUCAGAGAUUAUAGCUUAAAGCUCCAUGGUAUUCUUAGCCAAACUUCUUUUAAAAACCAAGUAGUUGAUAUGCAGGAAUUGUUGAUGAGGAUGACUUUGGACUCUAUCUGCAAAGUGGGAUUUGGUGUUGAAAUUGGAACUUUGGCUCCAAAUUUACCCGAAAACAACUUUGCUCAAGCUUUUGACACUGCAAACAUCAUUGUGACAUUACGUUUCAUCGAUCCAUUAUGGAGAAUAAAGAGAUUUCUUAAUGUUGGUUCAGAAGCUUUGCUUGAUAAGAGCAUUAAAACAAUUGAUGAUUUUACAUAUUCUGUUAUUCGAAAGAGGAAAAAAGAGAUAAAAGAAGCUCGCGAAAACAGCAAGGAUAGCAAGCAUGACAUAUUGUCAAGAUUCAUUGAGUUAGGAGAAGAUCAUGAAGAUCAGUUUACAGACAAAGGCCUCAGAGAUGUUGUGCUUAACUUUGUAAUUGCUGGCCGGGAUACCACAGCAACAACUCUUUCAUGGGCAAUUUACAUGAUAAUGACACAUCCCCAUGUAGCUGAAAGGCUCUAUUCAGAGCUCAAAACUCUUGAACAAGAUCAAGCAAGAGAAGAAAAUGUGUCCUUGCUCGAGUUCAACACCGACGACCCUAAUUCUUUCAACGAAAGAGCAAGACAAUUUGCAGGACUCUUGAGUUAUGAUGCAUUGGCGAAAUUGUACUAUUUGCAUGCAGUUAUCACAGAGACACUACGCUUGUACCCUGCAGUUCCCCAAGAUCCCAAGGGAAUAUUGGAGGAUGAUGUGUUACCAGAUGGAACAAAAGUUAAGGCAGGAGGUAUGGUGACUUAUGUUCCUUACUCAAUGGGGAGAAUGGAGUACAAUUGGGGUCCAGAUGCAUCUUCAUUCAACCCUGAAAGAUGGCUCAAAGAUGGUUUUUUCCAAAAUGCAUCACCAUUUAAGUUCACAGCAUUUCAGGCUGGACCAAGAAUCUGCCUAGGAAAGGACUCUGCAUACCUUCAAAUGAAGAUGUGUUUGGCCAUUUUGUGUAGAUUUUAUAAGUUUACUUUGGUGGCUGGUCAUCCAGUGGAGUAUAGAAUGAUGACUAUUCUUUCAAUGGCACAUGGUUUGAAGGUUAACAUCACCAGACUUCCUUAGAGAAUAAUUUACAAAUAUGAACACAAAAAUAAACAUUUGAUCAUCUGAAUAAAGUCAUCUUUAUACUUGAAGUAACUUGUAAUAUUUUAUGGGAUUAUAUUAUUGUUAUUAUAUCUAACAAACAAUGACUUAAUUGGCA